CUCUCUCCCUCUUUCUCUUCUAGUGUCGUGCUGCUGAUCUUUGUUUCUUUGAUCCAACCUGUAGCAGUUGUCAGGACGUCCUUUCAAAUCCCAAGACCACUAUAUCUCAGUUGUUUGCUAUCAUGAGGCAAUGGAUACCACAGACUCAAGGACACCUAACGCUAUUAACAAGAGAGGUAUUAAGAAGAGGAGCACAUGUUAAUGAUAAGGAUGGAUUAACUGAUCUCUCUUUGCUUCACUUUGCUUCAAAGGCGGGAGCUGUGGGCAUAGGUAAUGGUACCACAGCUGCUAACCUCGUUAACACUUUACUCAAUAAAGGUGCCAGUACUGAUCUAAAGUGUCAUUGGACGGACAUGAAUGCCUUACAUUAUGCUGUGUUCUUUGAUUGUGCGGAGGUUGUAGAAUUACUUUGUGAACAUAAUCCAGGUGGGGAUUUACA